AUGGCGGACAACAUCAAAACAGGAGUCUUCGCGAAAAAUGUUCAGAAACGGCUGAACAGGGCUCAAGAAAAGCUGCCGGGCUGGAUCGGUUUCAGCACCAGGAGGCAGGGACAGCGACCGACGGCAGGGGGACCGCGGGCGGAUGCGGGAGAGACAGGACGUCCUGGUACGAGACGCCUUCGUUACGGGGGUCAGGUGCUGCAGAAGCUCGGCAAAGCAGAUGAAACGAGAGAUGAGCAGUUUGAAGGAUUUGUACAAAACUUCAAAAAGCAGGAGGCUGAAGGCUGUCGAUUACAGAGGGAACUACGUGGCUACCUAACCGCAGUGAAAGGAAUGCAGGAAGCUUCUACAAAGCUGACAGAGUCACUACAUGAUGUUUAUGAGCCUGAGUGGUAUGGCCGGGACGAUAUUAAAACCUUAGGCCAGAAUUCUGAUUCACUGUGGGCAGACUUUCACCAGAAGCUGGUUGACCAGGCUUUGUUAACGCUGGACACGUACUUGGGGCAGUUUCCUGAUAUUAAGACUCGAAUCGCAAAGCGCAGCAGGAAACUUGUUGACUAUGACUGUGCACGACAUCACUUGGAGUCCUUGCAGCACUCGAGGAGAAGGGACGACAGCAAGCUGGUCAAGGCAGAAGAGGAGUUUCAAAAGGCUCAGAAAGUCUUCGAAGAAUUAAAUACAGAUUUACAGGAUGAAUUACCAUCCUUGUGGUCAAGCCGAGUUGGUUUCUAUGUCAACACAUUCAGAAACAUCACCUGCAUAGAGUCUAAAUUCCACAAGGAGGUCGCAGUGCUCUGUCAUAAACUUUAUGAAAUAAUGAGCAAACUUGGAGAACAGCAUGCGGACAAAGCGUUUACCAUCCAAGGAGCUCCCAGUGACUCAGGACCACUGAGAAUUUCCAAGACCCCGACACCUCCGGAGGAGCCGUCUCCGCCUGGCAGUCCGGUGACCAGCCCAAACCAUACCUUGGCACCCGUGGUCGUGUCGCCGGCCCACACUCCAACUCGUCCCAAGUCACCAUCUCAGCUAAGGAAAGGUCCUCCCGUCCCACCGCCACCAAAACUGACCCCCACAAAAGAGGAAAACAUCAUCAACUUCUUCGAGGACAACUUUGUUCCAGAGAUCAACGUCACCAACUCAUCGCAGGCCCUGAUGUGCUGCGGAUCCUUUUUUGCUGUGCCAGAAAUAUCUCAACAGCCGGAACAACCUGCCACACAGCCUGGGGAGUCACUGCUUGACAUGGACUUUGAUCCUUUCAAACCCGACCAGACCAGCACAGCAACACGAAGUCAGUCACCGCACGCUCAGACUCUUCCUUGGGAUCUGUGGGAGGCAAACACAGAACUAGUUCAACCUAUGCCUAGUGCUGCAUUCAAUGGAUUUACACAGCUGGAUGCUGGUAUCGCAGGCGGGACCACAGAGCUGCCCAGUCAAAGCGUGUUCGAUACAGUGAUCAAUGCUGAAGCCACUCUUGUGGAGGAGACCAAAGCUGCGGAGGCUGGCACGGAGCCGGCCGAGGAUGCUCCCUCUGCUGUGCAAGGCACAGUCACAGAGGAGAUUGCGGAGAUUAAGGAGCUUGACGUUCAGGAGGCAGCUGUAAGUGCCGAGAACGAGGGCGUCGAGGCGAUUAAUAACUCCGAAGAGCAGAAGCCGGCUGUAGAUGCUGAAGCAGAAGGCGCUGAGAACGUGAUGACCAAGAAGGAUGAUGAAGAACACAAGACAUCUCCUGAAGAUAUGGUGAAUUCCCAGGUCUCGGUUCCUUCGAUGGUUAUCGAGCCGGCAUCCAACAACGAGCAUGAGGAUGAUCAGGGCCCUGCUGUGAAUGACGCUGUGGCCGUGCAGGAGGCAGCUGAGGUGCCAGCCGAGGAAGAGAGUUCAGCUCCAGUGCCCAGUGCAGCGGAAGAGACAGAAGAGCCGAAUAGAGCUGAAGACGAGCAGCAAGUCAAUACAGAGAGUACGGGCGUCCCUCAGCAACAGAACACACCCAAGGUCGAAGCUGCCAAGCCACAGCCCAUGCCUCCUGGCUUCAUGUACAAGGUUCAAGCAGUCCAUAACUUCGAAGCUGCCAAUGACGAUGAACUUAACUUAGAGCCAGGAGAUGUUGUGUUGGUGAUUCCAUCUGAGACAAUAGAAGACCAGGUAAACAGAAUGGAAAUGUGGAACAAACCUGCUGAAGUUCCAGUGGAUGCGGGCUGGCUCACGGGUAUAAAAGAGUCAGACUGGAUUCAAUAUGGUACUGCCCACGGUUACAAGGGGCUGUUCCCCAAGAAUUUCACCCAGCAACUGGAAUAGACUUUGGCCACGGGCUCCGUCGGUGUGGAAAUUACCGGAGAGAAAUAAAAAAGCAGGACUCUGCUUCCCAAGCCACAUGGUCUCCCACAACACGGUUGUGUCCUUGGAUUUGUCAAAGGGUGGUGCCGGAGAUGCAAAGCUUGAUCCAUGAGGCUCAACAUAUCUAAUGAUCACAAACACUGAAGUGAGGCAGUGUAUAUUAAGACACAGGAAGCAUGCACUGACCUUGAUAUAAUCUAUUUUCAACAAGCUAUGAAAAUGAAUAUGCAUUUCUUUAUUGAAGUCCAACAUUAUGUUUGUGUUUCCCUGGAGUUAACAAUAUUCUUGAAUGCACCUCUUCCUGUCGGUAUAAUGGUGGUGUAGUCCUCCCAAUGACAAGCCCAUGUUUUGCACUGUGCAUUAUGUAAAAUCUGCUGCAACACAUCACAGUUUGGUAGCCUAUCUAGUCGAUUCUGUGUGUACUUAUUAAUUUUUGACCUGUUGGCUGCAAAUUGUUUUAUUUUUUAGUUUGUAUACCUGCAGAGCUGAACUGUCUUUGCAGUGAUGUGGGAUGAGUGACUGUACCGUUGCAUCUCCUCACCGCGUGUGUCGCAGCCUUCCCCUCCUCCCAGUAUCCGUGCUGGCUCUGUUUUUGAACAAAUUCUAUUGCUCUGUUGCCAAAAUGAGUCUGGGAAACUGUAUUUGUAAUGUAUCGCACGUUAAAAAUGAUCACUUUCAGAAUGAUGUUCGAAGGACAAGACUGCACCACCUCCUGGCUUCUUCAUGAAAUAAAUCAACAGGGAUUUACAGGGAGAAAUGAAUCAGUGCACCAAUUACUGAACGUCGUGCCCUCUAGUUAUCCUCGUAGCAACAGUCUGAAAUAUUUAAUUCCAACUCCAUGGAAUAUACAAUCACGUAACGAUAGGCAUUGUAACCUAGGUAUUGUAUUAAUGUGUAGUCCUGUACUGCUCUCCAUUUCACCA